GUUCAACCGUGACCUGUGGCCGCCGACGAGAGAAGGUGCAUCUGAAGAUGAUGAGCUUCUCAUGGGCCUCAGCGUGGUCCCUGAAGACGAACUGCCCUGCACAGCAUUCAGCAAGGACUCAUGGUGCCGUCAACUUGUGGCGAGUCAACAAGAUGUUGCUCGUAGGCGCGCAGCAGGCCCUCACCAAAGCCACGAGGAGCUACAAUCUGGAGCAGCCAGCCACAAGCUGUUCGGCUCCAUAUGUAGACCGAUCAAUGCAGCUUUCCUUCUCCACGCCAUCGAG